UAGCUUCCUCUUUCAACCACAAACAGCUGCAUAUAGAUACUUUCACUCUUGUUAAAUGACUAAGAAAACAUAUGACACGUUCAUUCUUGUUUCAGUAAGAACUACGGUACUUAACUUUAUGUCACGGAGGUAAAAUGGUUUUGUUUUGGUCUUUUUGUUUGCUUUUCUUCCAGGUAUUCUUCUUCUCAGGCUCACUAUGUGAGGGUGAAAUAUCCUGCUUAAAUGAAGACGGGCAGCCUGUUGACUGGUUCAUCCUGUAUAAAUUACCAAAAUAUAGACAAGGGAAUGUGGGAAGUGGAGUUGACUACAUGUAUUUGGAUCCAUCAUUAUCCAGCUGGCAGAUGAGUAAACAUGUGGUGAAUACUAGUGAAGGGGCGUUAGGCAGGACACUGAGCCAGCUAUACCAAAGAUAUGAGUCAAACAGCUCAGCAUACAUGCUUUACAACGAUGCUCCUCCAGUACUGAAAUAUCAGAAUCAUUAUGGACACACAAAAGGGGCACUGCUUUUUGACCAGUUUCAAGGAUUUUGGCUAACACACAGCAUUCCUCACUUUCCACCUUUCCCCAAAAUGGGUUUUGGCUAUCCCUCUACUGGAAAAUUAUACGGCCAGAGUGUUCAGUGUACAACCUACAGUUACAAACAGCUCCAAAAAAUAUCAAAGCAGCUAGCAUAUAUUAACCCAUACACAUACAACUGCUCAAUGCCAUCAACCUUUCAGAAAGAGAUGGCAGAAAUGGUACAGAUGUGUGCUGGCAAAAGAGUGACUGUGGUUCCCAACAGAAGGCUUGAAAAGUUGAUGUCAGUCAAGGGAGAGACUUUUCUCAGUUUUUCCAAAUCACACAGCUAUGUUGAUGACGUUUAUGCUGGCUGGAUAGCACAGACACUGCAGACAGACUUGCUAGUGGAAACAUGGCAGCGGACAACCCACGAACUUCCUUCCAACUGCUCACUUCCUUACCAUGUGAUGAAUAUCAAAAGGGUCUGUCUGCCUAAGCUGGUGACUUUCAGCUCUUAUGAAGACCACUCCAAGUGGUGUGUCUCUUGGGAACACCAAACCCAGUGGACUUGUCUAGGGGACCUGAACAGAGAGAGCACACAGGCAUGGAGAGGAGGUGGCCUCAUCUGUACACAAAAUUCAGCCAUAUACAAAGCUUUCCAUUCAGCUGUGGCCUGGUAUAAAAAUUGUUAGAAGUGGGAAGUCUACUGUUAUCGACAGGAAUGCACACUAGCUUUUAAAUAUUUUUAAGCAGGUUUUAGAAUUCCAAUGCAGCAGAUACCGUACAUCCAUCCAUCCAUCCAUCCAUCAUCUGUAGCCGCUUAUCCUGUUCUACAGAGUCGCAGGCAAGCUGGAGCCUAUCCCAGCUGACGAGAGGCGGGGUACACCCUGGACAAGUCGCCAGGUUAUCGCAGGGCUGACACAUAGACACAAACAGCCAUUCACACUCACAUUCACACCUACGGUCAAUUUAGAGUCACCAGUUAACCUAACCUGCAUGUCUUUGGACUGUGGGGGAAACCGGCGCACCCAGAGGAAACCCACGCGGACACGGGGAGAGCAUGCAAACUCAUAUGCACCCAUAUGCAGUACACAGUCCCAAUUAUUAAUGAUCAGUUGGUCAGUUGAGAGUCUUGCAGUUGAGAACCUACAGCUCCAUGAUCAGGGACAGAGCUGUUUGCAGAGAAUAAUAUUAAUUGUGCAAUACCAGCUUGGCCUGUCCAGCUACUAGCUUCCAAAACAGACCAAGCUAAUCAAACUGGUACACCAACUUUUCCAGUUGGUAAGUUAUUUUACAGUUUCCUAAUUACUUCUCUAAAAUGAUAAAUAAAUGUUUGAAAUUCUAGGCUCCAUUUUGCCUGCAACCCUGUACAGGAUAAGCGGCUACAAAUAAUCAUGGAUGGAUGGAUGUUUGAAAUUGUCUAAUUAUCUCAUUCUUGAGUCUGAUUAGGUAGUUUUUAUUGAAAGACACACUUAAAGUAAGUAUUCUGAUCCCACAAAGCCUAAUGUUCAAAAUAGAAAGGUAAACUUGCAAAAUGCAAAGUUUGUUGGUGUGUUCCACAGACAGACAGACAGAUAGAUAGAUAGAUAGAUAGAUAGAUACUUUAUUUAUCCCAAAAGAAAUUUAGGCAUCCAGUAGCUUGGUAUGACAGAAACAUAAUGAAAAUUAAAGAAAAUAACAAAAAAGCAAAACACAUAAAAAUAAAAAUUAACCUGUCUGA